AUGACCACAGCAAGACAUACCUCGCUGAACCUGUGUCUCGUUCUACUAGCUUGCGCAAUUCUACAAUGCAGUUUUUCAAGCCCAGUACCACCACAGGAGAGAGAACAAGUCCCCGAUCCAUCUACGGCCGCUCCUCUCGAUGAUCACCAACCCUUCUCUACACUGCAUCCUGACGCGCGUGCAUAUCCUCCCCCGUACCUCCUUCCGGGAAACGAGCAAGAACGAAAUGGACAAAACGAGCCAGGUCCUGUUGGGGUUGGACCAUCUGCAGUAUCCAGAGGGCAACCUGCUGCAGUUGAUCACCAGAUGCAACAGCAGACGCAGCCGCCUGGGGGACCGGCAACUGGUCCUUUGAACCAGGGUAGCGCAGGCAAUCCGUCUGCAAUUCGGGACAGAAGCACUGCUGGUGCCAACUUGAACCCCGCAAUGUCGCAAGCUCUUGGAGCACCUGAUACAGGCCUAACUCGUACUGCCAUGACACCGGAUGGGACAUCCAGUGCAAAUGACAUACAAUCUGCUGGAGCAUCUGGUAAUGCUGGCAUCCUCAUGGCGCAAUCUGCUACGCCGCCCACUACGAAGGAUGUCCAAUUGCCUCCUGGCUGGGCAGCUUCCCAAGGCUCAAAUGGGCAAGCACAAGCAAUGGGUACAGGGAGCAAUGUACUAUCUCGAUCAUUGGAUAGCCCAAUCGGAGGCUCUGCUGCCGCAAUAACCGCACCAGACAGCUCUGGCGUGCCCCUCUAUUGA